CCCUUUGCUUCUUCAUAUGUAACAACAAGCUUAAACAUUUAUAUAUCAAACAUAUGAUAGUUUUAUGGCAAAUACAUAUGAGGGUAGUAACUUACAAAGAUUCCUAUAUAAGUCAAAUCCAAAUUUGAUAGUUUUCUGUCUCUCUCAUUUGCUCCUUGUCAACAUAUGAAGGAUAAGGCGAUGGAGGAAAAGCCUAAGCUCAUCCAUGGAACAAUUGAAGCUACCAUUUUCAACGCCACACCUUACUCACAUCGAUUUCCCUUCAACUGUUUGUUGGUAAAUGGAAAGCCUGCUUAUGUGACCAUAAAGAUAGACAACAAUGUGGUGGCAAAAACAACCUUAGAACGUGAACGUGUCUGGAACCAAACCUUUCAGAUUCAAUGUGCUCAUCAAGAUGAUUCACCUAUCACCAUUACACUGAAAACACCAUGCACCAUAUUGGGGAAGCUCCAUAUCCAGGCCCAGAGGUUGAAUGAAGAAACCUUGAUCAACGGGUUCUUCCCUCUCCUCAUGGAAAAUGGAAAGCCAAAUCCACAACUUAAACUAAGGUUUUUGCUAUGGUUCAAGCCAGCAUAUAUGGAACCAGGUUGGGAAAAGCUAAUUAGCAGUGGGGAGUUUCAAGGGCUGAGGAAUGUUACAUUUCCUCAAAGGUCCAAUUGUGAGGUUAAACUCUAUCAUGAUGCUCACCACUCAUCUGCUUUCCAACCUCCUUUUGGUGUAUGUGGAGCUCCAAGAAAGCUUUGGGAGGAUGUGUAUAAAGCCAUUGAGGGUGCAAAAUAUUUGAUUUACAUAGCAGGCUGGUCCUUAAAUCCCAAGAUGGUUCUGGUUAGAGAUCCUGAAACAGAAAUACCUCAUGCCAGAGAAAUAAAGCUGGGUGAGCUAUUGAAGAAGAAGGCAGAGGAAGGAGUGGCUGUGAGGGUUAUGAUUUGGGAUGAUGAGACAUCCUUGCCUUUUAUCAUGAACAAGGGUGUGAUGAAAACACACGAUGAGGACACUUUUUCUUACUUCAAACACACAAAAGUAAUAUGCAGAAAGUGUCCAAGAUUACACUACAUGUUCCCAACACUCUUUGCUCACCAUCAGAAGACCAUAACUGUGGACACCAAAGCACCAAACUCUGUUAAUGAAAAAGAGAUCAUGAGCUUCUUGGGGGGUUUAGAUUUGUGUGAUGGCAGAUAUGAUACAGAGAAACAUUCAUUGUUUCAAACACUUGAUGAGGAAUCACAUUACCAUGACUUCUACCAGACAAACAUUGCAGGAGCUAGCCUCAACAAAGGAGGGCCAAGAGAGGCUUGGCAUGAUGCUCAUGCUUGUGUUACAGGAGAGGCUGCUUGGGAUGUGUUAACCAAUUUUGAGCAAAGGUGGACAAAGCAAUGUGAUGCUUCUCUUUUAGUCCCAGCUAGCACCUUAUUAAACCUUAUCCCAAUUCCCUCAAGCACCCCAAAAGAGAGGAAUUGGAAAGUUCAAGUGUACAGGUCAAUUGACAACGUUUCUGUUAGCAAGCUAUUUAGAAAACUAACUGUGGAGAGUAGCAUCCAUGAAGCUUAUGUUGAAGCAAUUAGGCUUGCUGACAGGUUUAUAUACAUUGAAAACCAGUACUUCAUUGGGGGAUGCCAUUUGUGGGAGAAAGAUAGGAAUAGUGGCUGCAGAAAUCUGAUUCCUAUUGAAAUUGCACUCAAGGUGGUCAAUAAGAUUAAGGCAAGAGAAAGGUUUGCAGUGUAUAUAGUCAUACCAAUGUGGCCAGAAGGAGUGCCUGAAAGUGAACCAGUUCAAGAUAUACUGCAUUGGACCAGAGAAACAAUGAAAAUGAUGUAUACGUUGAUUGGAGAAGCAAUAAGAGAAUGUGGGGAGCCAGGGCAUCCAAAAGACUAUUUGAAUUUCUUUUGCCUUGCAAAUAGGGAAAAGAAGGAAAAAGGGGAGUGUCUUCCACCACAUCCUCCAAAUCCUGAAACACAAUACUGGAAUGCUCAAAAGAACAGGAGGUUCAUGGUUUAUGUUCACUCCAAGCUCAUGAUAGUGGACGAUGUAUACAUAAUAAUAGGAUCAGCAAAUGUGAACCAAAGAUCCAUGGACGGGCAAAGGGACACUGAGAUUGCCAUAGGUGCCUACCAGACUCAAGAUGGAGGUGAUCACCUCAUAAACCAGGGUGAUAUUCAUGCAUACAGGAUGUCACUAUGGUAUGAGCACACUGGGAGUGCUGAGGAAUUGUUCUUAGAGCCAGAAAGUUUGGAAUGUGUGCAGAGAAUCAGAUUAAUAGGAGAUCAAAUGUGGGAAAUAUACAGCGGUGAAGAGAUUGUGGACAUGGAAGGUGUGCACCUUGUAACUUACCCUGUGAAAGUAACUCAAGAAGGGUCUUUGGAGGACUCAAAUGAUGGUGAGGGUCAUUUUCCUGAUACAGAAUCUCUAGUGAAAGGGAAAAGAUCUAAAUGGUUACCUCCUAUCUCGACCACUUAAAGCUGUGUUUGGAAUGCAAACAGACAUUAGUACUCACUUCAAGAUAAAAAGUGAGCAUAAUUCUUCUUAUAAAUUGGGAUGGAAAUUCAUUCACUCAAUUGAUAUUCAAACACACAAUUAGUUAUUCUUUAGUUUAUACACAUAGGACUGACCAUUCUUUUGCUUAUCAUUUUACACAGAAAUACGUGUUCCCAUUCUAGCAGAAUAAAUAUAAGCUGUGUAAUAUGCUCAUGUCCACAAAUUGUAUGUUACUACCGUUUUCGUUCAAUUUCUUAAAAUUU